AUGGCGCCUCUUCCAGACGACAGCGCUUGGUUCUACUACCCCAACACCGGCGCAGCAGCCUUCUUCUCUGCCUUCUUUGGGCUUCUUGGAGUCGGCAUCAGCUUUCGUGCCUGGCAAGGCGGCUUGAAGAAGUUCUAUUGGGUUGAGCUGAUCGGAGUGCUCUGGGAAGUGGCAGGCUUUGCCGUGCGUGCAGCAGCACACGACCGCACGACCGACGUGGGACUCUUCGCCGCACAACAAUCACUUAUCGUCCUAGCGCCGCUGUGGAUCGCGGGCGGGAUUUACUUGAUAUGUGGUCGUAUUAUGGCCGCCGUAUCCAAGAAGAGACGUAUCUUCGGCAUACCAGUGCGGCGGAUCGCACUUAUCUUUGUCACUUGCGACAUCGUCACGCUGCUCGUCCAAGUGAGCGGAACCUCGAUCGCUGCUGGUGUUGAAUGGGAGGGCUCGCAAGCGGAUGUAGGCUCGCACAUCAUCACGGGCGGGCUUGCGGCGCAGACGGUGACGCUGGUCUUCUUCAUUGCCAUCAUCGUCAACUUCGCAGGGGCUCGCUUGCCUUUCGCUGCAAAGAGAAACGUGCACUGGCUGCCAGGGUUUCGAUCAGCCUUCUGGAGUAGCCUGAUGAUACUCUUACGAUGCGUAUACCGCCUGAUUGAAUUCGCCAUGGGCGUUGACGGAUACCUCUUCGAGCACGAGUGGCCAUUUUACGUGAUUGAGGCACUCCCUAUGGCCGUUGCCGUCUGCGGACUUGCGCUUGUCUAUCCGCCACAUUAUCUCCAAGAGGCCGAGAACAGUGAGAACAUAGAGGUACGGGAUGCCGAGAUGAGCUAG